AUGUCCGCUUCGACAACUACCCUUCGGUAUCCAGGUUAUAUGCAUAACGACCUUGUCAGCGUGAUAGCAUCUCUCAUUCCAAUCCCGCGUGCGCACUUCCUGAUUACUUCAUACACGCCAUUCACCGGCGAUCAGGUUGAGCAGGCCAAGACCGUGCGGAAGACGACGGUGCUGGAUGUGAUGCGCAGGCUACUCCAGCCUAAGAACCGCAUGAUGUCAAUAACACCCGGUAAAUCAAGCUGCUAUAUCAGCAUCCUUAACAUUAUCCAGGGCGAGGCAGACCAGACCGACGUCCACAAGUCUGUUUUGCGCAUCCGGGAGAGGCAUCUGGCCUCCUUCAUACCCUGGGGCCCGGCAAGCAUACAGGUAGCUAUCCCAAAGAAAUCACCUUAUCUCCAGAACACGCACCGAGUCAGUGGCUUGAUGCUGGCCAAUCAUACCUCAGUGGCGACAUUAUUCAAACGUAUCGUUAGCCAGUACGAUCGUCUGCGGAAACGCAACGCCUUUUUGGAGCAGUACAAAAAGGAAGCUCCCUUUGCAGACGGGCUGGGUGAGUUUGACGAAGCGCGAGAAGUGGUUAUGGACCUCGUCGCUGAGUACGAAGCUGCGGAGAGGCCAGAUUAUCUUGGGGGAGGGGCUGAGGGAGAUCAUGCAGACGAGGGAUAA